GUUGUGCAUUUUUUUUCGGUGCGGUAAUAGCUGUAUGUGUGAAAGUUGUUUUUAACUAGCCAUAACUGAUCAAUUAGUAUGCGGCUCAACUGGAAAAACGAUAGUACUUAAACGAAUUCAACAACCAUCCCUAGACGAUUCCUUGGAAAAAAAAAAAACAAAGGAAGAUUACAUCGGAAAAUACCCACCAAAUUGCAAACGCUCCAUCAGCAAAGUUCAGCUGUUUCGUUACCGAACUCGCCCAGUGCCGUGCUAUUACAUAUAUUUGUUCUAAUUUUGUUCAAUUUCGGUUAAGUUGACAAAAAAUCAACGCUGUUCUACACAAAAUAUACAAAAAUACCAGCAACAAGUUGGCAACACAAACAAGCCAACACCGAGUUAGAGUGAGAGAGAGCGACGGAGAAGCGGUGGAGAAGACGCAGCGACGAAAGAAAUGUAGCAGAAAUCAUCCUCUUCUAAUGUUCUUGUGUGCGGUGACGAAGUGACGUUGAAAGCAAGCGAGCCAAUAAGAAGAGGGGUCGAAAGCGCGGUUCGAGGGAAAGAAGAAAGAGCACAGAAAACACAUAAAAAACACCAGCUUACACACACACACACACGCACGCGCAUACGAGUUGGCCAGAACUGUUAACUGAAACGCGAAGCAUCAACAAAGCAACAAUGAAUCAACCGGUUUGAAGAGCACCACCACCACGCCCCACAGCCAAACAUAAUCAAACCAUAACCCAGCAGUUCCUCUGAUCGAUUCAAUCUCAGCCAGAGUUCGCCUCCAGGCGAUACACACACAUCCCUUUGGUCCAACGGAGAGAGAGGUGAGGUGAGGUGAGGACAGAGUCAACGGAAAAGCGGAGCCAUGGACUGGGCCGAAGGUGAUCUGGUCUGGUUCGAUCCGGGGAUGGGACAUCCCAUACCCGGUGAGAUCCAGGAGGUGCACCGCGCUGCCCAGGUGAUUGUUGUCCAGGCGCUCAUCAAAGGCAAGCCACAGACGUUCGCCCUGCAGCCGGGCGAGGGUAGCCUGCGGGCUCGUCAGGAUCUGGGCAGCAGCGGCGUCGAGGACAUGACCCUCCUGGAUGACCUGCACGAAGCGUCACUGCUAUGGAAUCUGCGUCUGCGCUACGACAAGGGUCUGAUCUACACGUUCGCCGGCAGCAUCCUCAUCGCUGUCAAUCCUUACAAGAUGUUCCCCGAUGCCUACGGCCUGGAGGUGGCCAAGCAGUACGCUGGCCGACCCUUGGGAUCCCUGCCACCGCAUCUGUUUGCCAUCGGAGCAGCCGCCCAUGCGGCUCUGCCCUCGCCCCAGGUGGUGGUCAUCUCCGGCGAGAGUGGCUCCGGCAAGACAGAGUCCACGAAGCUGGUGAUGCAAUAUCUGGCAGCAGUGGUGCCCGGCGGCGGAUCCGCCUCAGCGGUCAUUACCGAACAGAUCUUGGAGGCCGCACCGCUGCUGGAGGCCUUUGGCAAUGCACGCACCGCCCGGAAUGACAAUAGCUCCCGGUUUGGCAAAUAUCUGGAAGUGUACUUCAAGAGCGGCGCCAUCGUGGGAGCCAAGAUCACGCAGUACCUGCUGGAGAAGUCACGCAUCGUGACCCAGGCGCCGGGAGAGCGCAACUAUCAUGUGUUCUACGAGCUCCUCGGCGGCCUUUCGGAGGCGGAGCGCUCCAAGUACGGCCUGCUGGAGGCGGACAAGUAUUUUUACCUGAACCAAGGAGCCACGGACUGUGCCAGCGGUCGCGUUGACUGGGAGUCACUGCAGGGUGCCAUGCAGGUCCUGGGCGUCUCCGAGGGAGAACGCGAGGGCAUCGUCCGUGUACUGGCUGCCGUUCUGCAUCUGGGCAAUGUCUACUUCCACCGCCGGCAGCUGCGACAUGGCCAGGAGGGCGUAGAGGUGGGCUCCGACGCAGAGAUCAAGUGGGCUGCCCACCUACUCCACAUCAAUGCCGAGGGACUGCAUCGGGCUUUGACCAGUCGCACCACGGAGGCGCGAGCGGAGCGGCUGCACACACCGCUGGGCAUUGACCAGGCCCUGGAUGCCCGUGAUGCCUUCGCCAAGGCCCUCUACGCCGGACUCUUCAACUGGCUGGUGUCCAGAAUCAACUCGAUUGUGCAGAAGGGCGGCACCCAUGAUGCCCACCGCAUCAGCAUCCUGGACAUCUUUGGCUUCGAGGAUCUGGCCGAGAACAGCUUCGAGCAGCUGUGCAUCAACUAUGCCAACGAGAACCUGCAGUUGUACUUCAACAAGCAUGUCUUCAAGCUGGAGCAGGCGGAAUAUGCCCGCGAGCGGCUGGAGUGGACACCACUGGCCUGGGACGAUAACCUGCCGGUGAUCCAUCUGCUGGCCAAGAAGCCUGUGGGCAUUUGCCACCUGCUCGAUGAUGAGUCCAACUUCCCGCGUGCCACCGACCUGAGUUUCCUUGAGAAGUGCCACUACAAUCAUGCGCUGAGCGAGCUCUAUGCCCGCCCACGGAUCGGUGCCCAGGAGUUCGGGGUCACCCACUAUGCCGGCCAGGUGUGGUACUGUGUGGACGGUUUCCUGGACAAGAACCGUGAUGCGUUGCGUGGUGAUGUUCUGGAGCUCCUCGCCUCCAGUCGCCUGCCCCUGGUGGGUGAGCUGACCAAACAGCUGCGGGCACAGCGAGAUGCUGGCAAGACUUUGCCCAAAGGAAGCAACGGUCGAUUUGUCACCAUGAAACCUCGAACGCCAACGGUGGCCGCCAGAUUUGCGGACUCACUGCAGCAGCUGCUGCAAUCGAUGGGACGCUGUCAUCCGUGGUUCGUUCGCUGCAUCAAACCCAACCAGGAGAAGCAUGCCCUACGCAUGGAUAUGCCGUGUGUGCUCCAGCAGUUACGCUACCUGGGAAUGCUGGACACCAUCCAGAUCCGGCAGCGGGGCUAUCCGGUUCGCCUGCGCUUCCAACACUUUGUGGAGCGUUACAGACAUCUCCUGGCCGCUCCUCUGGCCCGGGGAACGCCCUAUCGUGAGCUCUGCCGCGCCCUCCUGGAGGCCAUGCCACGAACAGGAGUGGAGGGUCCAGACUAUCAGCUGGGCGCAACGCGAGUCUUCCUGCGCGAGGCCCUUCACCGAGCCCUGGAGAGCGGUCGUACGGAGCGGUUGCGUCGAGCGGCGGUCAGUGUCCAGCGGCAUGUGCGCGGUAUGCUGGUUCGCCGGCAGCUGGCACGUCGUCAGGCUGCGGCCACCCGACUCCAGGCCCGCUGGCGGGGUCAGCGGGAGCAGCAGCGUUUCGAGCGGCUGCGCAAGGGUGCCCUCACGGCGCAACGAAUCUGGCGAGGACGACAGGCGCGAAGGAGAGUCCAACAGUUGCGAUCGGAUCAUCGGAGGAGACAGGAAGCCAGGGAGGCCGCACAGCGAGCACGCGAGGCAAGGGAGGCCAAACAGGCGGUGCUGGAGAGGAGUCAGCUGAGCUACCUGGACAUACCCGCUGAGCUGGCCUUCAUCUACUCGAAGCUGCAGGGCUGGUCACCGCCGCAUGGUGACCGGCAUCUGGUCAAGGUGCUGGGCACAGUGCCAGGGCCACCGGCCUCGGCGGUUCAGCUGCCGGAGGAUCUGGGCCAGUUCUCCUUCGGCAAGUUCAGCAGCGUCUAUUGCAACGGUCUGAGGCUGCAGCCACGGAGGGAGCCCAUCACGGCACCCUUCCUGUCAAGGGCCGCAUCGCGGGAUCAGGACUUCCAGGAUGCCUUGGCCGUCUUCAAGCUCAUCCUACGCUGGAGCAACGACAAGUCACUGGAAGGUGCCAAGGAGAAGCUGCUGGCCGACUACAUUGUCCACAAGGCCCUGAGCUCGCGAGGAUUGCGCGAUGAGAUCCUGGUGCAGCUGUGUAACCAGGUCCAUGGCCUGCCGCCCACCUCCGUGGAGGCCACCCGGCUGUGGCAGCUGAUGGGCCAGUGCCUGUGCUGCUUUCAGCCCAGCGCCGCCUUCAGCAAGUAUCUGAUGCGCUUCGUCGACGACGAGGCUCCUGCUUCACUGCGUCCGCUGCUCCUGCGCCAGCUGCUCCGGCAGCAGGGCGGCGGCAGCGGUGGCUCCUCGCCCGGCGGCGCUAGUCGCAGUUUUGUGCCCGCCUGGCUGGAGUGGCGUGCCUGGACCAGGGGCUGUGACAUGGCCCUGCCCUUGACUUUGCCCGACGAGGCCAGCCAAACAGUGGCCGUGGAUUCGUGGACCAGCUGCGAGGAGGCUGCCGCCCUGGCCGUCUCCUCUCUGGGCGUGGCCAGCAGAGGUUGGACCCUGGUACUGGACGACGGUCAGCAGCUAACGGACAGCUGCGGAUUGGACUACGUGAUGGAUCUGAUAGCGGAGAAGGAGCUGUGUCCGGCCUUCCCGGCUCCGAGGAGUGACCUACUACGUUCCGGGGCCAAGUUUGCCAGGACAACGCUGCCGGAGUCGGUGAAGCGACCGGCAGUACCACCACCAGCUCCGCCCACUUCCGGAGCAGGCAAGGAGGAUGUGCCGCGAGAGCGUCGAAGCAGCCGAGAGCUGCUCUCCCGGAGCUCGGCUCUGAACGAGCGCUACUUUGAGAGAGAGCCCAGCCCCGGAGCGGGCCCAGGAUCGAGUCAAAACCAGGCCAAGUCGCGCUCCAAGUCUCUGGAUGAUCUGCUGGCCGGAGACAUUGCUCCGGUGCCGCCAGAUUGCGACUCCCAGGAGCCGCUGCACACGCUCGGCCUCUCGGAGAGCCGGCUCAACGAUCGUUACCAUUCGGCGGAGCGCCUGGCCCCCAUGGGCAAAGAGACGGCGCCGCGGUAUCAGAAGUCCCAGCAUGCCGGUCGUCGCUCCCAUGCCGCCUCCCAUGGCUCCCACUCCAGCAAGUAUGCCGACAAGGCGGAGUAUGCCACCCGAUCCUCGGCCAUGUCCGAUACGAGCGAGGCUCCCUCGCUGGCGUCGCAUGUGCGCCGCGUGAGGGUACCGUCGCAGGCCUCGGAUGUGGACCAGUUCCUGGAUGACCUCUUCAGUCCCGUGUUGGAUGGUUCCCUGGAUGAGCUCUCAGAUGCCCGCUCCCUGGCGGCCAGCAUUCGCGGCGGAGGAGGAGGAACCUAUCAAUUGGAAGAACAUUACGAAUCUGAUAUUGAUGACCUGGAUGACUACAUCAAUGAUAUAUUCCAGCCCAUUGAGGGUUUGGAGAAGCUGGCCAGCAAGGACCAGCUGGCAGUGGCCAUUAAAGGAGGAGGCCUUCCCUCACAAUCCGAGACAGAGUCCGAGUCGGAGAUAGAGGAUCUGGAUGACUACAUCAGCGACCUAUUGCAGCCCCUGCCCGUGGCCCAGGGACUGGACAAACUGGUCAACAAGGAUCACCUCGCAGUGAGCAUUCGCGGAGGCGGCAGCACGGAGACUAAUGGUGCCGAUCCCCUCAUCCAUCAGCUGAUGCAACUGCCCGGUUCCGAGACAGAGUCCGCUCCGGGAUUAUACCAGCAGCAGGUGCAGCGUGCCUUCCUGCAAUCGGCCAUGGCCCAGAAUCUGCAGAUUCAACAGCAGCUGCUGGCCCAGAACCAGGCCCUCCAGACGCUGCUCAGCCAGCAGGCGGCGGCAGCAGCAGCUGCCACGACCAACAACAACAGCUCGGGAUCACCGCCACCAGCUCCUCCUGGAGGAUUAAGCAGUCUGUCCAUAUCGCCACCACCGCCACAGUCACCGCUGUCGCCGCUGCGCAUGAAAACCACCCGGAGCAGUCUGGUGGUAAUGGAGUCACUGCAGCCGCCGGCACCGCCACCACCGCCACCCAUGCCACCACCGCUGGAGUGCAAAGAUCCAUCGGAGACGCGACACUUCCUUGAUCCCUACGGACGGGCCAAGACCGUGAGGAUUGGCAAGUGGCGCUGGCCGCCGCCGCAGGAUGAGCCACAGUUCCAAACGGAGGAGGACUUCUUUGCCUUCAAGAUGCGCCAGCAGCAGCGCAAGACGACGCCGCAGGCCCAGCAGCAUCUCCACCACCACCAGCAGCAACAGCUGCUCCUGACCGGAAGUGGAAGUGGCAGCAAUGGAUCCGGCGGUCCUGGAGCCACUGCCACGGCCAUCGAGUGGGAGGAGUUCGAGAUCGACAGUCCAACGCCGCCGCCCAUGAGUGGCCAGAUGAUGCGGAGUAGCCUGCGUCUGGAGACCACCACCACCACGACAUCCAUGGCCGCCAUCAAUAGCAGCAGGGACAGCAGGGAUCAUAGGGACCACAACAGAGACACCCAGGAUGCACCCAUGCAGAGCGUGGUCACCACCAAGCUGGCCAAGAAGAGCUUCGAGAUUGGAGCCGACCGUCCGCCGCCGGGCAGCGUGGGCAAGCUGAAGCUUAGCUCUGAGAUGCGCCAGCGCUUGGAGCAGGUCACCGCUGGACACUCAGUGCGCUCGACGGUGUCCACCAAGUCGGAGCAGCGGGCGCCGGCCAAGCUGGAGGAUACCCGCAAGCUCAUGCUGCAGCAGCAGCUGGGCGGACUCUUUGCCAGCGUCACUUCCGGUGGAAACACCGGUCCCGGUGGAACCUCAGGCCCAGGAGGAGGUAUCAGUGGCAAUGGGACCGACUCUCAUGCCACAGUGCGCACUCAGAUCGAGCGAAUGGAGGGUAAGCUGUCGCCACCGCCGGCUCCUCCCUCGGGCGGCUGGCCAGGAAUGUUACCACCAGCGCCCAGUGUGCCAGCACCGCCGCCGCCCAUCCGGCCGCCAAGCAUGGCACCACCAGCUCCGCCCCCGGCACCACAGAGUCCCCCCACGACCAGGAGCCCCGAGCCAGAGCCUGACUACCGCACCUCGAGCAGCCUGCAGCAGGCGGCCAAGGAGCAUGUGCCGGCUUUCAUUCAGCGUCAGGAGCGGGACACCUUCGGUGCAGUGCGUCAGCAGCAGCAUCAGCACCAGCAGCAGCAGCAGAUGAUGAUGAUGAGCAGCCACCACUUGCACCUGCAUAUGGAUGGUGACCAUUCGGCCUCCUCUUCACCGGCGGCCGCCGCCUGGGAGCAAUCGGAGCGGGAGAGAUCACGCAGCCGAAGCCGAAGUCGUGACCGCGAGGAUUACUCCGAGUCUGUGUGGGAUCGGGCCGAAGUGGAGGGCCCUGCCUCGGCCAGUGGCAGCGAGAAGGAGCGCGAGAAGCGGGAAAGAGAACGAGAGCGUCUCUACGAGCUGCGCCAAGUGGAACGCGAGCGGGAGAGCCACAAAGUGUACCAGCCGGCUCCGCCACGAGUGAUCCAAGCCAGUUUGGAUACCACGGGAAGGAGAGAGGAGCGUGGCGGUGGAGGAGGAGGCAGUGGUCUGGCCACCUUCCGGACGCACAUGGCCCAGAAGUACGAGCACGAGCGCAAGCGCAAGAGCUCGGCCAGCUCCGGGAUGCGUGAGGAGCUGGAUUCGAUGCAUGCGAUGACCACACCGCCACCCAUAGUGGUGCCAGCGCCAGUGCCACCGCCUCCAGUCUCCACCAGCCCAGGACCGGGAGUGACCACCUCCUCCUCCGGCAUGGGAACGGGACUGGCACUGGGACUAGGAGCAGGAGCGAGCAGUGCCUGCCUCACCUAUAACCGAGUGCCGUGGAAGCUGCGCGUACGCAAGGAGGUCUUUCAGCCACAUGAACCCAUCGGUCCACCGGUGGCUCUGGAUCUGCUCUUUGCCCAGGUCCUAGGGGAUGUUUUUGGUGUCACACCAUGCCUGAGGAUUACGCCGCAGGAGAAGAGCUCCGCUUUAAAUAUGCUGCAUGGUCAUGGAGUAAGCGUGGACACGCUCUCCGCUCGCAGUAACUCUGCCGGAGCAGGAGGAGGAGGAGCUGGAGCUGGACAGCAGGUGCGUGCCCUGGUCAAGCGUCAUCUGGUGGACAUGGCCCGCGACUGGCCACUGUACUUUGCCCGCCUGUUCGCCGUGCAGGGAGCACCCCUGUAUCCCGAUGUGAGCAUCAUGGGCGUCUCCCACAGUGGCCUGUACCUGGCCCGCCGCGAUGCGGACUACCUGAUCGUGGUCCAGGCUAUAUCAUUCGGGGAGAUCCAGAGUGCCGUCACCCUGCCGCGUCCGGCUGCCCUGCAGCUGAAUCUACGGAAUGGCAAGCAUCUGGCGCUCCAUGCCGCCCGGGCAGCCGCCAUACAGUCGAUGGUCACCAGUUUUGUUCAGGAGUUCCGCAAGUCACAAUCAAAGGCCUCGACUCUUUCCUCGGGCGCUCGGGCCGCCGCCCAGACCCUAAAUGUGCCGCUGGAGCGCCUGGAAUCGCGCCAGGCGCACGCCCAGCGUACCGAGCACACUCAGAACGAAUCCCAGCAGCAGCAGCAGUCGGAGCUGCAUCAUCAUCUGCAGCACCAGCACCAGCAGCAGCAGCAGCUGGAGGAUGCCCUGGAGGAGCAGCAGCAGCAGCAGCAUCUGUCCGCCGAUCAUCAUCAGCAGCAGCAGCAGCAAUCGGGACAGCGUUACAUGAAGCAGCAAAGCUAUUUGCACUCCGCCCGCAAAUCAAAUGCCGGACAGCAGCAGCCUGCCUCCCUGACCAAUGGCCAGGCCCAUCAGCAGGAGCAACUCCAGCUGCAGCUCCAACAGCAACAGCAGCAGUCUCAGUCACUGCCGCAUCACGAUCUGGAUGCCAACUAUCUGCAGGAGGAGAGCAAUGUUGGGACACCGCCCUCGGUGACCAAGUACUCGUUGCUCCAGUUUGCCAUGCAGCACUUCCGCAAUGACCAACUGAGGGACGCUGAUCGUCAUCAUGAGCGGCACCAGUCCUCCGCUGCCAAUCGCUCCUAUGCGGAGCUGGUCAAGUGGCAGGGCCAUGCCAUACGCCUGCCGCUACUCCGUCUGCCCAAUGACCUGGCACCGCUGGCCUUGGAGUGCUUCGAUUGCAUCCUGCGCUAUUGUGGCGACAUACCACUGGAUCCUGACCUCACCGAGGUCAAGUGUGUUUACACCGUGCUAAUGCACUGUCACAAGUAUCUUGCGCUACGCGACGAGGUCUAUUGCCAGCUGAUGAAGCAGACGACGGCAAACCGGUCACCUUGUCCCGACAGCUCACAGCGGGCUUGGCGCCUGCUCAGCAUCCUGGCGGCAUACUUUGGCUGCUCGGACGCACUGCGUCCCUACCUGAUGGAGCAUCUGACAUCGGCGGCCUCGGACAGGCGACGCUCCUGCCAUGGCACUGCCGCCGUUUGCCUGACGAAUCUCCGGAAGACCGCCCGCUGCGGUGGCCGUAAGAAUGUGCCCAGCGUGGAAGAGGUGACAGCUGUAUCCGCUGGAAGAUCGGCCAGAAGACAGAUCUAUCGGCUGCCUGGUGGAGCCGAGAGAGUGGUUAAUACCAGGUGCUCCACCGUGGUGGCGGAUGUCAUUGCCGAGCUGUGUGCCCUGCUUGGCGUGGAAUCGGAGGCGGAGCAGCAAGAGUUCUCGCUGUACUGCAUCGUUCAGGGAGAUGCCUUCACCAUGCCCCUGGCCGCCGAUGAGUAUAUCCUGGACGUGACCACGGAGCUGCUCAAGUCCGGGCAACCCUUCUACCUGAUCUUCUGCCGCUCGGUGUGGCACUUUGCAUUGAAGCGCGAACCGGCCCCCAUGCCGCUGUACGUGGAGGUGCUCUUCAAUCAGGUGGCUCCCGAUUAUCUGGAGGGAUUGCUGCUGGAGCUGCCGGGCAAUGGUGUCCCUGUGCCAGAGAUGGUACGCGACAUGGCCCGGAUAGCAGCCUUGCUGCAUCGUGCCGCCGAUCUGAGUCACGUGCCCGCCAUGAAGGAGAUCAAAUUCUUGCUGCCCAAGCCGGCGCUGGGCAUUCGCGAGAUCCGACCGGCCCAGUGGGUGGGCCUGGUGCAGUCCGCCUGGCCGCAGGUGGCCAAUCUGAGUCCCGGCCAGGUGAAGGCCCAGUUUUUGAACGUGCUGGCCGCCUGGCCGCUCUUCGGCAGUAGCUUCUUUGCGGUGAAGCGCAUCUGGGCCGAGGAUGGGCCACAUGUGGAGGAUAAUCACAGUCCGAUGUGGCGAGACCUCAUCCUGGCGCUCAACCGGCGGGGAGUACUCUUCCUGGAUCCUAAUACGCACGAGACUCUGCAGCACUGGAGCUUCAUGGAGGUGAUAUCCACGCGCAAGGUUCGCUCGGAGGAUGGUGCUCUCUUCCUGGACAUGAAGGUGGGCAACCUGAUGCAGCAGCGUGUCAUCCGCGUCCAAACGGAGCAGGCGCAUGAGAUUUCGCGCCUUGUGCGUCAGUACAUCACCAUGGCCCAGAUCAGUCAGCGCGACAAGCGGGAGCUCAACUAGGAACAGGACUUGGAGCAGGAUGAGCUCAGCCCUUGAGCAACGAACAUUAGCUCUAUGCUUAACAUAUACCCAUAAUUAUUAUUAUGUUUAUUCUUAUCGAUAUUUCGUAUUCGAGUUAUUCUCCACACACAUGCAUGUUUAUUUUUUUCGUCGUUUUGUAAGUUGUCCCUCUACGUAUAUAUUUAUAUUUGAUUCACGCCCAUAACCAAGUGCUGGCUUCCGUAUCCCGUACUCCCUCCUGGUGGCGCUACGUUGGCCAUAUAUAGAUACCCCCCUUUUGUCUACUUGUCCCUCGAUUCUGUCUUAAUUUUAAGCAAACCAAGUGCAAUCCCCUCUUUUUGGAGUCUGUUCUGUUCCAUUUACCCCAUUCGAUCAACGAUUCUUUUAGCACUUAAGAGUAGC